AUAGGACUUAAAAUAACCAGCUGUCUACUUGGACUUUGUCAGCUUAUCAAUGAUCCACAAUACUUGAGGAUUUAAAAAAGCAACGUUUCAAGACAGCAAAAGAAACCUGAAAGCACAUAAAUAAACUAAAUUACUUUUCCCACAAGAUCUAAAAUAUUUUGGUUGUAAAAAGAAAAAGAAAACAAAAGCUCUUUAAAAAUGAAGAAUAGCCUCCUUGGACAACUUAUUCUGCUCGCCUUCAUAAGCAUAAUGGCAUCUGGGUCGAGACAAUACUUUGUCUUCAACCAUGGGUUGAAAUGGAACGAAGCAAAACUCUACUGCGAGAGCCAUUACACCGACCUGGCCACCUUUAUCACCAAGUCAGAUGUGGACAGUAUUGACUUGAAGCCAUAUCUGGUGUGGAUCGGCCUUUACAGACACCGGAGGUGGUGGCAUUGGUCUGACGGAUACUAUCGUUCCAUAAACUGGGACUGGAGCAAUCGAAAUUGGUGGGGAGGUUGUGCUGCCGUCCACUUUAAUAACAAAAAAGUUUAUCCCGUAAGUUGUGAAACUUAUCUGAUGUCUGUGUGUCGGGAUAGAACUACCAACACGUUCGUAAAGGAAGCAAAGACUUGGGAUCAGGCAUCAGACUACUGCCACGAUCACUAUGUUGAUUUGGCCACUUUCACAAAGGACGAAAUGAAUGACAUUUUCACCGAGUUUGACUUUCCCAUCUGGAUUGGAUUGAAGAAAACAGGUAAUGACCAUAGUUACAACCCAUAA